AUUAUUUCGCAUUUAAAAUAAAAGAACGUGAAGAAAAAGGACGUCACUUCCUCGCCACACCCUGCUUCGUGAAUCUUAGUGCAUCAAGAUCUCUGUCUCUCUGCAAUCGAAAAUGAGCAAGGGACCGGGUCUCUUCACCGAUAUCGGCAAAAAAUCCAAAGAUCUUUUGACUAAGGACUACAGCUCCGAUCAGAAACUCACCGUUUCCUCCUACAGCGUCUCCGGAGUGACCCUCACUUCAACAUCUGUGACGAAAGGAGGACUCUCAACAGGGGAUGUGGCAGCACUGUACAAGUAUAAGAACACUGUUAUUGAUGUUAAACUUGACACCGCAUCAACUAUCUCCACAACCCUCACAUUUAAUGACGUUCUUCCAUCCACCAAGACUAUUGCUUCAUUUAAGCUGCCUGAUUAUAAUUCUGGCAAGUUAGAGGUUCAAUACUUCCAUGACCAUGCUACCUUAACAACAGCUGUUGCACUGAAGCAAUCCCCUGUCAUUGAUGUUUCUGCCACAGUUGGUACCCCAACCAUUGCUUUGGGUGCUGAGGCAGGCUAUGACACUUCAUCUGGUGGUUUUACAAAAUACACUGCUGGGAUUAGUGUCACGAGACCCGAUUCUUCUGCUUCAGUAAUCCUUGGUGACAAGGGUGACAGCAUUAAAGCAUCAUACCUCCAUCAUCUGGAUCUAUUGAAGAAGAGUGCCGCAGUUGCAGAGAUCACGAGAAAGUUCUCAACAAAUGAGAACACUUUUACAGUAGGAGGGUCUUUUGCUGUUGACCCUCUGACACAGGUCAAAGCAAGGCUCAACAAUCGUGGAAAGCUCGGGGCCCUCCUGCAGCACGAGAUCAUACCAAAGUCAGUGUUUACUGUUUCUGGUGAGAUUGACACCAAGGCCCUGGAUAAAAAUCCCAGGUUUGGAUUGGCAAUUGCCCUCAAACCUUGAGGUUUUUAUUCAUUUUUUAGAAAAGUGAUCGGAGUUCCAAACUUUAUUCAAUUUUUUUGGUGGCCCUUGAAAGGAGGGAAAAUAAUUAGCUCCACAGACGAGAGCAUUUCUAGGCUCUUCAUGAAUGGAUAAAAUAUUGAAUUUUCAAUAACUUGGAAGAGUGGCUUCUGUUUCCCAUUUUUUUAUUGAAUUUUUCUGCGUUUCCUCCAACAUUGUGGUAGGCAUUACAAGAUCUGGAGGUCCUGUUGUCUAGAAGGAUUUUUAUCGAGUGUACUUUUCUUACAAUUCUAUUUUCAAUAUUGUUUUCUUUCACUUGGUUACUUACAA